UGAAUAACGAUUCUAGGUUAUGUAGGCCUGCUUUUGUGUAAAUAUUUUAAAGGACACAAAAGGGUGCCCACCGGAAAAACACAAUUUAUCAUGUCCACUGCUGAAAGAAAAGCAUGUUAAGGGCCAUGACUGAAAUCAACGUAAAACAAGGAAUCCGUAGGGUUUUACAGCAAAUCGAGGAGGCUAAGCUGCGAAGAAGUGAAGAACUACGGGGCUCCGAUGUAGUCCUGGUGGCCGUAAGCAAAAUAAAACCGGUAGAAUUAAUUAUAGAGGCAUAUGAUGAAGGGCAAAGGCACUUUGGUGAAAACUAUGUUCAAGAACUUUACGAUAAAGCAACAAACGCCUUAAUCCAAGAAAAAUGUAAAGACAUUAAAUGGCACUUUAUUGGUCACCUCCAAUCGAAUAAAGUCAAUAAAGUUCUUGCUGUGCCAAAUUUACAUUUAAUUGAGACAGUUGAUUCAAGGAAGAGGGCCACACAACUUAAUAAGAACUGGCCCAACUUUGGAGGUCCCGAUUCUAAACUUAACAUAAUGCUUCAAGUUAAUACUAGUGGAGAGGAUGUUAAGAAUGGAAUCGAACCUUCAGAAGUUAAUGGCUUGGCCGAGUUUGUUUUAAAGGAAUGUCAGAACUUAAGGUUACAGGGUCUAAUGACUAUCGGUCAAUAUGGGUAUGAUCCCGCCCAAGGGCCAAACCCUGACUUUUUAUCUCUGAGGAAGUGCAGAGAUGAUUUAUGUAAAGCCUUAAAUAUAAAUUGGAAAGAUGUCGGAUUGUCUAUGGGGAUGUCCACAGAUUUUGAGCAUGCCAUUGAGUUGGGUAGUACUAGUGUAAGGGUUGGUUCGAGUAUUUUUGGAGAAAGACCCAAAAAAAACUAAGGAUAGAUUUGUUGACAGCAAGUUACCUUUUAUUGUUUAGGUUAGAAAAAUAUAUGUGAUUAAGUUUAA